AUGCGGGAGGUCAACUUCAGCAUCCCAAAUGUCAACAAGGCCUCUGUAAAUAUCACAACCACCCUCUACGACCGGCGUGCCUUGGAUUGCACAUCAACGCUACCACUCAUCAACUCUCUCAACCAUCUGGCCUAUCUCACCACAUCAUCAGCCCGUAUCCGCGAUAUUCUGACCGUCGAUGGCGGCAUCGAACGGCUGGUAUGUAUCCUCAAGGAGGGUCGGAGUCGGGAUUUGAUGGAGAUGUGGAAGUGGAGCCUCGCCUUCCAAUGUGUUGUCAAUAUUGGUGUGCGGGGCUCGGAGAGCGUGAGGACUCGAGUCGUCGAAGCCGAUAUGGUGCCUGUGAUUGCCACCAUCCUUGAUAACUAUAUUAAAGUGGUCGAGAAAGCCCGCGCACGGGCGGAUUCAGAAAAUCAGAGACAUUCAUCACGACACCACACCAAAGGUGCACCCAUCACCAGCGACGCCCCUUCGCGUCCAGUGUAUGUGGACCAAUCGACGAACACCGAGCAACGUCCCUCUCGCCGUCAGGCGCCACCGCCUCACAUUGAAAUCCCCCCUUUCUACCAAGACAGCCAUGCCUCGGACUCGAACGCCAUGGACAUCACAUCGUCCCCUCGGGUGCCUGUGACCUCUCCUCCGGAAAGGAGCACCUUUGGACAGGAUGCCCAUAACAUUAGAUCCAAUGAUACCCGCUAUGCCCAUGCUGCUCACCGCUACCGGGUGAUGCAGCCCCUUGCCACUGCCCUUCCUCCCAUGGAUGCAGCCGAUGGCUUUGGCCUACGCCCCGUGCGCGACACAGAGAGGCUUCCCAGCAUGCUGCCUGGUUUCCAGAACGGCCUUGCGUCUCAACCUGACUCCCCAACCACUCCCAGCGGUCCUGCGCAGCUGCGCAGCAACACACAAGCCCCUUCCGCCCGACCGCGGCCUACCCUAAGGCAACAGCAAUCAGCCUCUGGUGAGUCGGAUGAUGGAAAUGGCGAGGGCUCGACUCUGGGUGACGAUCCGGGUUCUGGAGAGACCGCUGAGCCGAUUGUUGGUAUCCAAAACCGUAUGGAGAUCGACGAUGACGGCGACAGGCAAACUGUGCUGGAAGGUGUUUCCAACACGCACGACUUGACUGUCAAUGAUACCUCUGAAAGCCAGGAAGCCGAGACAUUCAAUAUCACUCACCGUUCUACUGUGGAUGGCAGCAUGAUCAACAACGACGCAACGCGCACGAACGGGGCCUUGGGCCUGUCACCCACGCAAGCCCCCAAUACUGCCAACUCGCCUGCUGUUGUUCCCAGCCCAUACUCAUUGUAUGUGCGUGACCGAUCAACCACAGCGGUGCAGGGCGUCUUGACGACGAUGCCCAAGGACGAAGAUGUCCUUAUGUCGCUUCAGCUACUCGCAUAUGUUUCCAAAUACUGCAACCUGCGCUCUUACUUCCAGCACUCCCACCUCGUUCCUAAGCUCAAGGUUGACCGUGAGCUCCAAAUGCUGGAGGACGGCGUGUCGCCCAUCGAACCUCCGGAGGAGGAAGAUGAAUAUCUGCUUCCGGACGAUGUCAACAUCUUCCCCUUGGUGGAGAAAUUCACGGUUCGCCACCACUCCAAGGACAUGCAAUACUGGGCAUGUGUGGUGAUGCGGAAUCUCUGCCGCAAGGACGAGUCGCGAGGCGGCAUCCGGCAGUGCGCAUACUAUAAGUGUGGCAAGUGGGAGGAAUUCCAGCGACAAUUUGCCAAGUGCCGGCGCUGCCGGCGCACCAAGUACUGCAGCAAAGACUGCCAGAAGGCAGCGUGGGUGUACCAUCGUCACUGGUGCCACACCACGCCAUGA